GUGAACCAAAUCGGUAUGGGCAAGGAUAUGUGGUUCGUGUCUUUCGAUCACAUUACAGAAAUUCUAGAGAUCUUCUACUUUACCGAACUACUCUACCUAGCAGCUAUCGGUCUGACUAAGAUAUCAAUCUUGCUCUUUUACCUCCGAAUCUUCCCUGACUGGAAGCUCCGUCGAGCCAUUUAUGCCAUGAUCAGCAUUUGUGGUCUGUACAGUAUCGUUUUCGUCACUGUUACUGCCCUGCAAUGUAUUCCUGUUUCAAUGGCAUGGAAAAAAUGGGAUGGCGAGCACAAAGGAAAAUGCCUGGACUUGAACGCCGACGGUUGGGCAUCUGCAUCGCUGAACAUCAUUCUGGACUUGAUCGUCAUUGCUUUACCCAUGAAGCAAUUGACCGUUCUCAACAUGAGCUGGCAGCGCAAACUAGGAGUCAUUGUCAUGUUCCUCGGUGGUGGCUUCGUCCUCCGCCUCAAAUACCUCAUCCAGUUCGCCCAUACUGACAACGUAACCUGGGACUAUCUUUCCGUCGGUUACUGGUCCGCCGUCGAAACCCACGUGGGGGUCAUGGUCGCCUGCGCACCCGCGAUCCGCUCGCUCCAAUUCCAGAUCCGCGAAAAGCUGUGGCCCAAACCUGCUUCUACACCUUCCUACUACUCCUCCGAUACCAAGAACAGCAGCAAAACUCGCUCCAAAGUAGACUCUGCAAACCGCAGUUGGGGUGGAGGCGCGGUGUCCAAAGCUGAUGGACCACGCUCGAGACUCAGUUCUAUCGGCGCGCACCGUAAAGAUGACUUUGUGGAGAUUGACGAGUAUGAGAUGAAUGUCAAUGAUGGCUUUGGAGCAAGAGGAAGGAGGUUAGAUGAGGAAGAUCGAUUGGGUAUGGCAGAGGAAACAGGGUCGGAGGGGAGUGUGACGAGGAGUUAUACGCCGAAUGAUGAUGUGGCGCCUUUGGCUGCUACGGCGGCACCGAUCGGAAGGGGAUAUGUGAAUGGGAUCUUGGUGCAGACGGAUUGGAGUGUGGGUAGAGAGUCUAGGGAGCAUGGGCGUGCUACCUGA